AUGUCGGCCGACUUUUGGGCGGGCUAUCUCAGCGGCAUCGUCGGCAUCAUAGUGGGCAACCCCCUAGACAUUGAGAAAGUACGCCGGCAAACCAGAAGCCAUGUGGCCGAGAAGCUCCACAGCCAGAGCUCUGUGGCCUUCCUGAAGGGUACCGCUGCUCCCAUCUUUGGCUACGGGGCUCUGAAUGCGCUGCUGUUCUUUUCCUACAACCGGUCAGAAGCAAUGCUGAAAGGCUCGGCGGCGUCGACACCGACUGCCGGAUGGGUCACCUGGACGGCCGGGGCAGUGAGCGGCCUCGCGGUAUGGGUCGUAAGCGCUCCGACCGAACUGAUCAAAUGCCGGGCUCAGAUGUCCACGCCCGCCAUGUCGAGCUGGGCGAUAUUCAAGCAGACGCUGCAGCGAGACGGUGUAAGGGGUCUCUAUUAUGGCGGCGUUGUAACGGCGCUCCGAGACAGCAUCGGCUAUGGCUUCUACUUCUGGGCGUAUGAGUUGGCUCACCGUCACUGGCCUGCUCCCCGAGAGCACGACGACGCUGCCUCUGGGAGACGAGACACGUCAAAGGUACUGCUGUGCGGUGGCAUUGCCGGCAUUGUGACCUGGGCCAGCGUGUUCCCUCUCGACGUCAUCAAAUCGCGCCUCCAGACACAGCAACAGCAGCAUUCCUACAAGGCAACAACGAAUAGGGCGGGCAACAGGCGGCAUGGAGCGUGGCAGAUGGCCAAGGACAUCUAUAGAGACGGCGGGAUUCGUCCCUUUUUCAGAGGCCUAACUGUCUGCAGCGUCAGAGCCUUUGUUGUCAACUCCAUACAAUGGGCUGUGUAUGAGUGGAUCAUGAGCGAGUUGACCAAGCUCCUCAUCAGACGUACCGUAGACGAUGCUUUGUGGUUCCGACCUCCAGCUCACUGGACGUGCAGCUUCGUUGACCAACUUAGUCCGCCCUCAGUCUCAGCGCUGAAAGAUGGAACACCCGGCAGGUUGAAUCGACAGGCGUCGAGACCUCAGAAUCUGGACACGCUUCGCAAACCGUUCAAAUGCCCCUCGUCGGCCACCGCAGCAUCCACGUCGGAUCGCCCUGCUAGAAAGAAGAGAAAGGUUGAUUACAGGGGCGCCGAUGAAAACGGACCAUCGAGUAUUGAUGCAGCAUAUGAUGGCAGUGGUCGCCAAAUACAGCCACCGCCCAAAUUCCCAGUCUUCCAAGCGAAGGAUAAAAGUGUUGUCUUUCGGAAGGCCUUCUCCGUCCCCCUAAAGGACAAGUCCCAGGCCACAUACGAUGCAUCCAGACCGCCGCCGACGCUUGGACUCCGACGCGGCGUUGUUUUUGUCCCCAAGCCUUUGCACGAUCCAUCCGGAGAAUUUGCCAUAGUUUUAUACGACCCAACUGUUGAUGCGAAGCCAGUGGUGGCCAAAGAGAACCCGGUGCAGACACAGGCUGAACCCUCCAAGAUUGACAGCCCAAUCGUGCAUAAAAGCCUGGCCGAGAUUCUCGGAAUCAAGAAACAAGUGGAAGAAGAUCACCCAAAAGUGCCGGUUGUCAUCGAUCCCAAGAUUGCAAAAUGUCUUCGUCCUCAUCAGAUUGAAGGAGUCAAGUUCAUGUACAAGUGUGUCACGGGGCUAGUUGACGAGAAGGCCCAUGGAUGCAUCAUGGCCGACGAGAUGGGACUCGGCAAGACGCUGCAAUGCAUCACCCUCAUGUGGACUCUGCUGAAGCAGUCUCCCAAUGCCGGAAAAUCCACCAUACAAAAGGCCAUUGUGGUCUGCCCCGCGAGUUUGGUGAAAAACUGGGCAAACGAGCUGACGAAAUGGCUUGGCCCGAACGCCAUCAACCCAUUUGCCAUUGAUGGCAAGGCGCCCAAGGAAGAGUUGAAAAGACAGCUUCGCCAAUGGGCGAUUGCCUCUGGCCGAUCCAUCACUCGACCGGUCAUCAUUGUCUCGUACGAGACUCUGCGUCUCAAUGUGGAGGAGCUCAAGCAUACCAAGAUCGGCCUGCUGUUUUGUGAUGAAGGCCAUCGCUUGAAGAACGCGGACAGCAACACCUUCAACGCGCUGAACGACCUGAACGUGUCCAGACGAGUCAUCCUGACAGGCACACCUAUUCAAAACGAUCUGACAGAGUACUUCGCCCUGACUAGUUUCGCCAACCCAGAUCUACUUGGAUCGCGACUAGAAUUUCGAAAACGUUUUGAGAUUCCUAUCCUGCGCGGUCGUGAUGCAGAUGCGACGGAAGAAGAACGCAGACGCGGAGACGAAUGCACCGGCGAGCUGCUCAGUGUUGUCAACAAGUUUCUGAUCCGCCGAACCAACGAUAUCCUGUCCAAGUACCUGCCGGUCAAGUAUGAACACGUCGUCUUUUGCAACUUGGCUCCGUUCCAGAUCGACCUCUACAACUAUUUCAUCACGAGCCCGGAUAUCCAAGCACUUCUCCGCGGCAAGGGCAGUCAGCCUCUGAAAGCCAUCAACAUCCUCAAGAAGCUCUGCAACCACCCCGAUCUUCUGAAUCUCUCGGAUGACCUUCCUGGCUCGGAGAAAUGCUUCCCGGAUGACUAUGUUCCCAAGGAAGCUCGCGGGAGGGAUCGGGAUAUCAAGCCCUGGUACUCGGGGAAGAUGCAAGUACUCGACCGAAUGCUUGCCAAGAUUCGGGAAGACACCAAUGACAAGAUUGUCCUCAUCAGCAACUACACGUCGACGUUGGAUCUUUUUGAACGCCUCUGCAGGGAUCGCCAAUACGGAUGCUUACGCCUUGACGGUACCAUGAACGUCAACAAACGUCAAAAGUUGGUUGACCGGUUCAACGAUCCAAACGGAGACGAGUUCAUCUUCUUGUUGAGCAGCAAGGCGGGAGGCUGCGGCAUCAACCUCAUCGGAGCGAAUCGCCUUGUCCUCUUUGACCCGGACUGGAACCCUGCCGCCGAUCAGCAAGCCCUCGCUCGAGUCUGGCGAGACGGCCAGAAGAAGGACUGCUUCGUUUACCGCUUCAUCGCCACCGGCACCAUUGAGGAGAAAAUCUUCCAGAGGCAGUCUCAUAAGCAGAGUUUAUCAUCAUGCGUGGUAGAUUCUGCCGAAGACGUGGAGCGUCAUUUCUCCCUCGACAGCCUCAGAGAGCUCUUCCAAUAUCGGCCGGAUACGACCAGCGACACUCACGAUACCUUCAAAUGCAAAAGAUGCAAGCCGGACGGCAGACAGUUCGUCAAGUCUCCUGCCAUGUUAUAUGGCGAUACGAGCACAUGGAACCAUUUUGUGAAUGCUGGGCUGCAGCCCAUACAAGAUUUGUUGCUUCGGCAAGAACACGGAGGAAGCGAGGUCUCUGCUGUCUUCCAAUACAUAUCGCAUUAG